AUGGUAAUACAGCGUGUGUGGCGCAGUUCUACAGCUUCGUCGAGCAAUGCUGCUCCACCAGCAAGUGCAGCUUCCACGGUGGGAGUACCAUCAGUGGCAACGGUAUCCGCGGCAACCACGGCGGUAGCAACAAGUGCCUCUGAUUUGCAUUCGACUAACAAUUCGUCAACCAAUGCAUCCGAAGUGGAAUCCAAUAACUCGACGCUGUUUGUGAGACAGAAACUGAAAAAUACCUUGUCCGGAGAAGCCACACUGGAAGCUCUGAAGCAAAGAUACAGCUCGGGACGAUCUUUCAUGAGUCAAACGGCAAACGAUGCGGCCAUCAAAUCGUUGGAACUGCUGCGAGCAAAUAUUCAAUGCUACUUCGACAAGGAGGUGGAUACUAUUGUGAAAAAGUUUCAUCAGACUUACUUUGUCCCGGCGAUAAGAAACAUCAAGGAGAACCUUGGCGAAGGAGCCAUCUCGGAGGAAGCACUGAAGAGUGUGUUUUGUUCGUUGCUGGAAAACACCAAAGCCCAAUACGGUAGCCAGCUUUCCUCACCGGCCGGGAAUUCACUUUCCCGAGCGAAUACACCCGGCAUGGAGCUGAGUGAUUCCGACUCCAGCACAGACAACACUCCUUCCGCUGGCGUGGCGACAAGUUUACUACAUCAAGCGCUGAAAAGGAAGCUACCGGAGCCGAAUCAGCCGGAUUUGUUCAAGCGCCAGUAUUUUCUACACGGUCCCAUUUAUCCACACGUUCAGUACCAGGGUUUGCCGUCUCAACCUACUGGUUCAGUUUCCGCUAGUAGUUCGGCCACUGCUGCCUCUCGUGUACCACUCCAAUCCAUUCCAACCACGGCCAUCACCCCGGAUAGUUUGUUUAUACUGGACUUUAAAGUAGCUCGAGCACUUGGAACGCCAGACUUUCGCGAGCGGUUGGCCAACAAACACCCCGAGGUGCUACGAUACUGCCCGGAUGCGCAGGAUCGAGACUGGUUGCUGCAGCAGAAACAGGUGACACCAUUGAACAAAAAUGGUCGCUUUUUCUUGCUCGCGCUAGACGACAUCAAAAAGCUGAUCGAACGAAACGCUUUCGAACACUCAAGCAACUUUGGGAAAUCGAUCGAUCUACAAGGUUUUAAGGUAACGGAACUGAUCUACGCCAAAAUUCAGAAGCUACUAAAGGAGUUGACCGAUCGACAACGGUCGACGACGGAUGCCUUCGAAUCUCCCAAAGCCCCGAUAGGCACCGCCGCGUCGACGGGGUUGCCUGCAAGGCAGCGCAUUUCCUCACUCAGUUCCUCGCAUGCCACGCUGACCGCGUUACUGGCGACACCACACACGCAGCCCGCCGAAUCCGUAACCAGCUCGUCCUCUUUAGGGGCGGCAUCUACUACGGAAAGUUCCGCUGAUUCUCGGCGAACUUAAACAGUCGCCAUACUA